UAGGUAUAACUUAAAUGCCUUAUGUUUAUGCUUUAGCUGACACUCCAAGUUUGCAUGAUUCGAUUAUUACUAGCUCAAAAGUUCUGAAGUAUUUUUAAUACAAAUUUUACAUUAUUUUUCCUUUUCCCUUUCAUAUAUGAUAGAUUUCAAAAUUGAGAAUAUAAAGUUAAAAACCAUAUGUAUAUAGUCUGGGGAUUGUUGAUAUAUUGUACAAAUGGGAUUAUUGUGUAAUAAAAACAAAAUGUAUUGAGGAAAAAUACACAUCAAUUCCCUCUAUAUAUAUAGUAUUAUCAUUCUGAGAGUGAUUAGUGAUAAGAAGAGAGGGAAAAAAGAAUGUCGAGAGAGAAAGAGGGAGAAAUGGAGAAGGAGAGUAUUUCUCAUAUGUUUCAUAAACACCCGCUGAGUUUGAUCCCCAACUCCGCCAUGGAAACUGAUAAUUAUUGGAGCACUUGGUGUUAUGGUUGUAUGAGAUACUUUUUAGCAGGAGAGGCAGGCUAUGGAUGCAGCCAAAAGUGUGGAUUUGGUCAUCUAUUACACAAAGAAUGCAUGGAGAUGCCGAGAGAGAUCCGCCAUCCUCUCCACCCUUCACACUCACUCACACUACAACAAGAUUCUUCAUCUUAUUAUGAUACCAUUGGAUGUGCAGUUUGUGAAUGGUAUGGGCGUGGGCUAUUCUACAAAUGUAGUGGGGGAUGUGAGUGGUGGACCCACUUGGGAUGCACAGGGGGUUUUGAAGCAGCAAUAGUUGAUGAUGUUCCAACAAUGAAGCACCCAAGCCACCCCAAACACAACCUCAUAUUUUCCAAGAAAACAAGGUGGUGCUCCUUCCCCUGCGAUGCCUGUGGUGCCUCUCACAAAGGGAACUCCUACAUCUGCACCCUUUGCGACUACUGGAUACACGAGAGCUGCGCACUCUUGCCGGUGUCUGCGCACUUCCAUCAUCAUCGCCCCGACCACGCUCUCUCACUCGCUUUUAAUCCGCCAUAUGAGUACAUCUUAUAUGAGUUUGUGUGUGCUAUAUGCAGCGGACCUUUGCCAUUGAAACGUUGGGUCUAUCAUUGCCAGCUUUGUAGAUAUGUCGUCCACAUCAACUGCUCCUCCAUCUCGCUUCCUAAUUCAUCUAAUAAUGAAAAUGCAGUUGCUGAUGAGAAAGACAUUACAAAGGGUCCAAUAGAUGACAUAUAUGAGGAGAUUAUCAGACCAUUCGUUAAGAGAGUGAGAGAACAAACUUCCAUCCCUCAGAAGACCUGUCAUAAACAUCAUUUGCUAAGCUUUACUACAUUUCCAUCUUCAUCGCCCCCUUCAUCAUCUCAUCAUCACAACCAUGAAGAAGAAGAAGAAGAAGAAGAAGAUUACGAGGAAGACAAUAAUAUUCUAGGAUUGGAACUAACAUGUGAUGGAUGCACAUUGCCUAUACAUGAAAAGAAGCAAAGAGAUGAUGAUGAGUACGAGAAUGGUUACAUGAGUUGUGAUGAAUGCAAAUACUUUCUCCACUUGUCCUGCUUUAACUUACCACCACACCUCCAUUCUCACCCCAUCCAAAAUCACAAUCUUAUACUUCGAAAUGCUGGCAAGCUAACAGAUUGGGCAUACUGCAAUAUUUGCGAGGCUUACACAAAUGGGCUCUUUUAUACUUGUACCAAAUGUGGCAUUAAUAUAGACAUCAAGUGUGCUUCUCUGCCCAACACCAUAAAACAUGCAGCUCACCCACAACACAAUCAUCUCAUGAAUCUAGUCACGGACAAUCGCCGGAACAAUUUUUGUGGUGUUUGUUAUGAUAUUAUAUCUUCAAAGCAUGGAUUUUACAGAUGCAAUAGCUGCAAGUUUUGUAUGUGUGGUGAAUGUGUGUUGCUACCAGCACAAAAUAAGCAUAGAUUGGAGAAGCACCGAUUGUGGUUGACAUAUGAUGCGUAUGUUAAUCGUCCCGGUGAGUUCUACUGCAGCAGCUGCGAAAACCAAAUACAUCCGAGGAGGAGGAUGUAUUAUUGUCGAGACUGCGAUCAGUCUUUUCAUUCUACAUGCAUUCCUGGUAGGUCGGGUAAGUAUAGAAACAUCAAGUAUGGGAUGCAGCAGUAUGUGAUUCCCACUCUUCAUCACCCUCACCACCCUCUUAGAUUUCAAAUCAUAAGCAAGAAAAAGCGUUGCGACCUAUGUCAUGAUGAUCGUUAUGAUGAGCCUGGAUUUCAAUGUGUGUCAUGCUACUUUGUCAUGUGUUGGUCCUGCACUAAAAGGCACAGGGAUGAAUUUAAGGCCAUCUGAUUCACAACAUUCACAUCCACCUCAAUCUCUCCUUUUAAUUGCUUGUAUUUAUGGGCUAAAUGUGUGUUGUUGCGAUUUAAGUGAUGAGUUGUAUACAUGUUAAUUUACUCUUGGUCUUGUAAGUCAAUACUAAAUAAAUUUUUUACUUAUAAUUAAAAGUUUCAUAUAUAUAAUUCUUG